AUGGCUUUGAAAAUGACUAUUCAGAAAAUACUGAUAAUACUGAUAUCUGCAAUAGCUGCCUGGAUUUUUUUUAUAGAUUCUGAAAACUUCUUAAAGUGUCACUGGAACACUUCUAGAAGGUUCUUUUCCACUGAAACACCACUCCGCACAGCCAUUGCAUUCACAGAAAUUGAACUGAAAACAAACAAAAUAAUCAAUCAACUGGACCAACUCAUUCCAUACAGGCCAUUCUCCCAUCUGAACACUACUACUAGUGCAGCCCACAGUGUGGCCACUCUCUUUAAUCCUAAAACUACCUACUGCAGAGGAGACCAGCUAGAUAUUCUUCUAGAGGCGAGAGACUACUUGGGGCAAAAAAAGAAAUAUGGAGGGGAUUUCUUAAGGACCAGGAUUUCUUCCCCAAAGCUGAAGGCAGGGGCUUCAGGAAGAGUGACAGACUUCAACAAUGGCACCUACCUCAUCAGCUUCACUUUAUUCUGGGCAGGUAAAGUCUCUUUGUCUCUUCUGCUUAUCAAUCCCAGUGAAGGGGUAUCUGCCCUCUGGAGAGCCAGGAACAGAGGCUAUGAUAAGGUGAUUUUCACUGGCCAGUUUGCCAGUGGUGGUACAUCCUCGGUCUUCACUGAAUGUGGCCUGGCUUUAAACACAAGUACUGAAUUGUGCCAGUACCUGGACUUCCGAGAUCAAGAAGCCUUCUACUGUAAGAAACCUCCACAUGUAUCCUGUGAUGCAUUGACACAUAUGAAGACCAAGAAUAGUAAAAUUUCUUAUCUUAGCAUAAAGGAGAAAACCCUUUUCCAAAGGUCCAAUGUUGGGGUUGAAAUUAUGAAACGUUUUAAAGACAUCGAGGUCUCAAAUUGUAACAACAGGGAAACAAAGAGCGACAAAUGCCAGAUUGGAAUGAAAGUCCCUGUUCCCAGUGGUUAUACUUUGCAGGGGAGAUGGAUUCCAACAUCAUGUAAUCUUACUCAAUUUAAUGCUAUGAAUAUAAUCAAUAGUUGCUUGAAGGGGAAACUCGUUUACCUCAUGGGAGAUUCAACACUGCGCCAAUGGAUAUACUACUUCCCUAAAAUUCUGAAAACCCUGAAAUUUUUUGAUUAUCAUGGAAGUGGAAAAUUAAAGAAAUAUGUACUUUUGGAUAUAGAAAGACAUAUUCACCUUCAGUGGAAAAAGCAUGGACAUCCAUUUGUCACUGAAGAACUCUUCUCAAUUAAAGAGGAUGAAUAUGUUACCCGUGAAAUUGACAAAAUAUCAGGAGACAAAAACACAGUCAUCGUCAUUACCUUGGGACAACAUUUUAGACCCUUUCCCAUUGAUAUCUUAAUACGAAGAGCCAUCAAUAUUCGAAGAGCCAUUGAGCGAUUAUUCUUGAGAAGCCCAGAUACAAAAGUCAUCCUCAAAACUGAAAACAUAAGAGAGAUGUACAUUGAGGCUGAGAGAUUUGGUGACUUUCAUGGCUACACUAAUUAUCUUAUUUUGAAGGAAAUUUUCCAAGACCUUAAUGUAGGUGUCAUUGAUGCCUGGGAUAUGACCAUUGCAUAUGGCACAAAAAAUGUACAUCCACCCAACCAUGUUGUUGAAAGUCAGAUUAACAUGUUCUUAAAUUAUAUCUGCUAA